GUCUUUAUGUCAUAUCAGCUGAUUGCGUCAUUAUUAUUGAGUUUGUAAAACAAUAACGCAAAAACAAAAAACAAGUCGCAUUUACGUAUCAAGAUACAAAACUUGAAAAUUCUUUGUUAAAUUUUGAAAAUGAAGUUUCAAUACAAAGAAGAACAUUCCUUUGAAAAACGGAAGGCAGAAGGAGAGAAAAUACGCAGAAAGUACCCUGACCGAGUGCCUGUAAUUGUAGAGAAAGCUCCCAAAGCAAGGCUUGGCGACCUCGACAAGAAGAAAUAUUUGGUCCCGUCGGAUUUGACCGUUGGACAAUUUUACUUUUUGAUCCGAAAACGUAUCCACUUGCGGCCCGAAGACGCAUUGUUUUUCUUUGUUAACAACGUAAUUCCUCCCACAUCUGCCACGAUGGGAUCUCUCUAUCAAGAACAUCAUGACGAAGAUUUUUUCUUGUACAUAGCAUUUUCUGAUGAAAACGUUUAUGGAUAUUAAUUAAGUUCUUUUUAAAAUAAUAAUCUUUUGAACUAAAUUCACUAAAUUGGUAGUAUUUUGUCCACAAUAUGGUGAAAUUAGGUGUAAGGCUUAAGAAUAUUGGUGUUUUAUGUUUAUAUUGUGAUAAUUCUAUUUUGCAACCUUUCCUCACUGACUUGUAUAUUAUGCAUCAUUAUAUUAGUUUUAGACAUUUAACAUUAUCACGAAUGUGAACUUUAAAGAAAUGUUUAAAUCAUCUAUAUUGUGUGUACUAUUUCUGAAAUAAAGAAUAAACUAUCAUGAAAA